AUGGCAACUCCUUGGCCAAUGAGAAAAGAGAGGUGCUCCCAUGGCUCCACCUGCCUUGCUAGAUGGUCCGCAUCCUCCUUGAUGCUCCUAUGGUUGCCGUGGGUGUUGCUAUGGCAGCCGUGGCCGACCCGAGCUGAGCAAGUCGGCGGCGGUGGACAUGGUGGGAAGGCGCUCCACGGUUCCCUAACGUUUCCCUCGUCCUCGUCAUCUUCCUCCUCCUCGUCCUCGUCUUCCUCGUCCCCCUCCGGCUCCUCGUCGUGGGGCUUCAGCACGAGGCAGAGUGGGGGACAGCUGGACUGGCUGCUGUCGGAGAAGGGACCUUUCCACAGAUGUCCGGAGUACACCGAGUUCAGAGAGAGGUUCCAGCAGGGAUUUUCUACCAGAUACAAGAUUUACAGGGAGUUCAGCCACUGGAAGGUGAACAGCCUGGCCACAGAGAAGAGAGAUUUCCUCAAAGCUCCGUUGCCCUUAGCGCCAGAGUUCCUGCGCAACCUCCGGUUACUGGGGCGACGACCAACCCUGCAGCAAAUCAACGAAAACCUCAUCAAGAAGUAUGGGACCCACUUCCUAGUUUCUGCUACCCUGGGAGGAGAGGAAUCUUUGACCAUUUUCCUGGACAAGCAGAAGCUCAAUAAGAAGUCGGAGGGUAACAGCAACAGCUCAGUGGUGUCUCUGGAGCUGCUCCACCAGCUGGCGGCUUCCUACUUCACAGAUCGAGAGAGCACCCUGAGGCGACUGCACCACCUCCAGAUCGCCACUUCUGCAAUCAAGGUAACUGAAACGAGGACGGGUCCCCUCGGCUGCAGUAACUACGACAGCUUGGAUUCAGUUAGCUCUGUGCUGGUGCACAGCCCGGAAAAUAAGAUCCACCUAAAGGGCUUGCAAGAUGUCCUGCCAGAGUUCCUGCGUGGGCGUUUUGUGGAGGCAGCCCUCAGCUAUGUGGCGUGCAACUCGGAGGGCGAGUUGCUCUGCCGCAACAAUGACUGCUGGUGCCGGUGUUCCUCCCGCUUCCCAGAAUGCAACUGUCCCUUCGCUGACAUCAAGGUCAUGGAGGAGAACCUGGAGAAGAGCAAAGAGGCCUGGAGCAGCUUCAACCAAGAGUUCAUGGAAUCAGAUGAAUUCAAAGCCUUCAUGAAGCGCUUGCCCACUGACCGGUUCUUGAAUGUGUCCACGAUCGCCAAGUUCUGGUCAGCCGACUUGUCCCUCCAGAAGCGCUACACCCAGCUGGAGUCCAGCACUGCCCUGGUCCUGGGAAAAGCCCAGAAGAUCGUCAGGAAACUGUUCACCCUGAGUAAACGCUGCCCCAACCAGCCUCGCAUCAGUCUGCCCCGAGACAGGUCCGUUGGGUUUUGGUUGAGAAGGGCCCAGUCUCUGCUGUACUGCAACGAGCACGGAGUGCUGGGCUCCUUCUCUGAGGAGGUGAAGAGCUGCAGCUGCCCUGCGGAGCAACCCACCUGCCAGGGAGCCGUUCCCUGCAUUGUGGGCACCUCCCCCACCUCCUGCUCCUCCUGUGCCAUUGACAACGCAACCCGCUGUGGAGCCUGUCACCAUGGCAACCUCCUUCAUCUUGGUUCCUGCCAGCCGAGCAUUGCCGCAUCCCUGGACCACUAUCUGAACUUUGACUUGGACAUGCCUGAUGCUGAGGUGAAGUACCUGCUUCAGCGACUGGACAGCAGAAUAGAGGUCCAUGCCAUCUACAUCAGCAACGACGUCCGCCUGGGAAGUUGGUUCAAUCCUGCCUGGAGGAAGAGGAUGUUGCUGACACUCAAGAGUAACAAAAAUAAGUCCAAUCUCAUCCACAUGCUGAUGGGCAUUUCUUUCCAGAUAUGCUCGACUAAGAAUUCAACAUUGGAGCCCGUGCCUGCGGUUUACGUGAAUCCUUUCGGCGGGAGUCACUCAGAGAGCUGGUUCAUGCCAGUGACUCAGCCCGACUUCCCCGACUGGGAGAGAACUCGACUGGACGCCGUAGUCACGGCACAGUGCUACAACUGGACACUGUCUCUGGGCAGCAAAUGGAAGUCCUUCUUUGAAACAGUGCACAUCUACCUGCGAAGCCGCAUUGUCACAGAUGAUCCAACAGUGAAUGAAACUCUCUUCUAUGAGCCGUUGGAUUUGGAUGACCAGACGUCCAACCUCGGGUACAUGAAGAUCAACACGCUGAAAGUGUUUGGAUACAGCAUGCACUUUGACCCUGAGGGCAUCAAGGAUCUGAUUCUCCAGCUGGACUACCCCUACACGCAGGGGACACAGGACGCCGCGUUCCUGAUGUUGUUGGAGAUGAGAGACCGGAUUAACCGGUUGUCUCCACCGGCGCCGCAGCCGCUAGAUCUGUUUUCUUGCCUGUUGCGCCACCGGCUCAAGCUGUCGGCCGGAGAGGUGGCGCGCAUCAAGGAUUCUCUGCAGAUCUUCAACUCCAAGCUUCCCAAUGCUUCUCCUGAACCUGAGCUGGCCCAGCUGUGCAGCUAGCUGUCUAGCUUAGCACACAAGUCAGGUUCAGGAGUGAUACUGCACUUGGAAAAUGGAGUUGCUGCUUCAGGGACAACCCUAGACUGAGUAGGGGGAGGUCCUGCUGUGUUGGCUUUAUGGACCCAAAUUGUCAGGAUUAAUAGAACAUCCACCUCUGAUGGCUUUUCUUCCGGUCACUCUUGGCUGGUUUUCUGGUGUCACGUUUUUAUCACAAGUUGCUACCAGAGAGUAGUGUCAUUUUUGGCGGGAGAACAGCUGAUGCUUGGACCCUCUUUCAGAGGCUCUACUGUACCAGCCCGGAGGCUUACGUUUGCUGUUACUGCCCUGCUAUUGGCAAACUGUACGACUGGUUGAAGCCAAGUGACUCUGGUUUUGUGAAUUGGAACCUCUGAGAGCCGAUGUCAUUAAGUAUACCUGAGAUCUCUACCUUGCAAAGAUGAGGGCGAUUUUGAUAUGUAAAGAGGAACUCUUAAGGGGGUCUUCAAAAACGAGUCAGCGGAAAAGGAUUUCCCCUUUUCUACGCCUAUUUUCUUUGCCUCUCGGGGGAAAGGGAAAAUGGGAUAAUAUUAUAUAUGUGGUGAAUGAGUUGUUAUGUUAUGCUUAACAGUUUAAAAUUUGAUAAUCCUGAACCCUGUUACUGUCUUUGAAUAUUUCUUUUUAAUCCCUGCCUUCCAUUUUAUCUGGCAUUUGAACACUUGUAAGUAUCUAUGCUUAACAUUUGAGUGAGAAGCCUGUUAGUGAUGUUCUGUCCUUGGUGGUGUGUCUAUACCAAAAGAAGGUGAACACAUCAGCAAACUAAAUGGCAAAAUAUCUUCAAUGUUGAGUUCUUUUUUUGAGCUGAAAAUCAUUAAGAAAUCUUCUGAUGUGGUAACAAAAAGGUCUGCAGAUACAAACGCUGUAAAUAAUGCUCCAUCUAACCCCAGGUGUGGACAAGUGCACAUUGCUUUUUAGAUAACCGAGUGCAAAGACCAAAAAAAUGUUUAUAACAAAAACAAACUCAUGCCUUAUAUGGAGAUUCAAUGUUAAGAUAAGAAGCACAUUUAGUUUUUGUGUUUGAUUUCCCAGCGAAGGCUGUGUUGCUUUUUAUAUUUCAGUAUUUCUACCAAGACAGAACAACAGACACAUUCUCCAGAAUACGUGGUAAUGUAGCUUUUCCAUGUAAAUGCCAGUCACACUUUCUGCAGUUACUUGUUUUGAUUUGAUGUUGUGAAACUUUGAGUCACUAUUCACAGUGCACACCAGUACUUGCAUACUGUAAUUGUUCUGCGAAAUCCUUCUAUCUCCAAUCAGACAAAAUCUAAGUAACUGAUAGAACCUGUUUGAUUUUAUUAUGCUUUUAACACAAGGUUUUCAAUGUUUCGGUUUAGUCUCAGGUCAACGAAACUGGUUUGUUUGUUUGUUUGUUUGUUUGUUUGUUUGUUUGUUUGUUUGUUUGUUUGUUU